AUGAGGAUACCAAAAGAACUGGAAAAGUUGAUGUUUUUUGGAAUCUUUUUGUGCCUGGAUGCUUUUCUGUAUGUAUUCACCCUGCUUCCUUUGAGAGUUUUUCUGGCAAUGUUCCGGUUCAUCACUUUGCCUUGCUAUGGCUUACGCUUUCAUCGGGGCGUAACAGCAAGUGAUAGACGUUUGCUACAACCUGCUCAGGUAUGUGACAUUCUCAAAGGAGUUAUAUUGGUCAUCUGCUACUUCAUGAUGCACUAUGUUGACUACUCUAUGAUGUAUCAUCUGAUAAGGGGACAGUCUGUCAUAAAGCUCUACAUCAUCUAUAACAUGCUGGAGGUGGCUGAUCGUCUGUUUUCUUCAUUUGGACAAGAUAUUUUGGAUGCUCUUUAUUGGACAGCUACAGAACCUAAGGAAAGAAAAAGAGCUCACAUAGGUGUGAUUCCUCACUUCUUCAUGGCAGUGCUGUAUGUCUUCCUGCAUGCUAUUCUUAUAAUGGUUCAAGCAACAACCCUUAAUGUGGCCUUCAACUCCCACAAUAAAUCACUGCUUACCAUCAUGAUGUCCAAUAAUUUCGUUGAAAUAAAAGGAAGUGUUUUCAAGAAGUUUGAGAAGAACAAUCUUUUUCAGAUGUCAAAUAGCGAUAUAAAGGAGAGGUUCACCAAUUACGUGCUGCUGUUAAUUGUUUGUCUAAGAAAUAUGGAACAGUUCUCAUGGAAUCCAGAUCAUCUUUGGGUGUUAUUCCCGGAUGUUUGCAUGGUGGUUGCUUCAGAAAUUGCAGUGGAUAUUGUGAAACAUGCCUUUAUAACAAAGUUCAAUGACAUCACAGCUGAUGUCUACAGUGAAUACAGAGCCAGCCUUGCAUUUGACCUUGUUAGCAGUCGACAGAAAAAUGCAUACACAGAUUAUAGUGAUUCGGUUUCCAGAAGGAUGGGUUUUAUUCCUCUUCCACUGGCUGUUUUACUCAUCAGAGUCGUAACAAGCUCAAUAAAAGUACAGGGAGUCUUAGCUUAUGUUUGUGUUGUGCUGUUCUACUGUGGGUUAAUAUCGCUGAAAGUCCUUAACAGUAUUGUAUUGCUGGGGAAAUCAUGUCAAUAUGUAAAGGAGGCAAAAAUGGAGGAGAAAUUAUUCAAUCCUGUCCUGACUGCCACCCCAGGGAAGCCAGCUGGCAAACAGCAGAGCACGUUUAAAUCUACCCAAGGAAUUUCCACAGAUGAAAAUGGCUCUACAUCAGUUACCAGUCAACCUGUGCACCAGGAGAACUCACCGUCUUUACUUGUAACAAGCAAUUCUGAUCAAUUUCUGACAACUCCUGAUGGAGAAGAAAAAGAUAUAAGCCAAGACAGUUCAGAAUUAAAACACAGGUCUGCAAAGAAAGACUUGCUGGAGAUAGACAGGUUUACUAUUUGUGGAAACAGAAUUGACUAAGAUUUUUUUAUUUUAAUCAAUGUGCUAAGGAUACUGAGCUGUUGGGACAGCAAAUGCUACCAGAAUGGACAGUUGCCAAAAAAGGCACAUAAAUAUUUAUUUAAAAACUUAAAUUAUUAAUGGCAAAAAAUAUUAAUUUCUAUCUACAAGUAACUUGGCUUGGUAUCUGGUCAGGUCAAGUAAGUGAUCUUUAACUUGCCUCUUGGAAAAUGUGCUGGAUCGUGAGUCUCUAGCCUGGUGGCAGAGCUGCAGUAUCACUUUCUGGAAAAUAGACUGGGAAAAAAGCAUAAGCCUGUUCUGCGUUAUGAAACCGUGCUUCCAGAACAUACGACUUUCCUGAAGGUUCCUCCAGUGUAAGGAUAUUCCUGGAAAUGUAUGCAACUUGAGCGGGAGCUUGCCUUUCCAGUUACCUUGUUUUAUUAAACAUCUGCAAGCAGAAUCCAAAACUUGUGCUUAUAUCAACAAAUGCAUAAAACAUUGGUACAUAAAACAGUAAGUCAAGAUAGUUACUCCUGUCAACAGAAAUCUUUUCAAGAUGUAUCUUGAAAAUCUUGUAAUCAGAAUAAAAUUUUGCCUUUA